AACUUUUAAGUUUUGUCAUGUUUUCCAUUCUUGAUUUUCGUCGCAUGUACGAGAUGGCUUGCGCAAAAAAUGAUUUGAAAUGCCAUGUUUGCAUUUUAAAACAGAGAGAAAGAAGCUGAUUGAUAGAUCAUUAUAGACAUACUUUUGACGGUACCCGCGUUAAUCUUCUACCUUGGCGCGGGCUGAUAUUACAUUAAUCUAGAGUGUCCUCGGUCUUCAUUUAAAAAAUCAAUCCUUCCAGUCACAUUCCUGUAAAGUUAUUCCUCCAAAAGUGAAGACAGGAAGGCUAAACCUUCAGAAGAAGACCAAUUUGUCAUAUCGUCGAUUUUCAUCUAGUCUUCAGUGAGGGUAUUUUUGCUAUUUCGCCUCCAUUUUUAGGUGUUUUUUCCGAGCGGCCCGGGUCAUCAUCUUCUUCAUCAUGAUGCUACGAUGUGUGGUACAUGUAAACACACCAGCCUGCAAGCUAUCUGACUCCUUCAGAACUCAACUGGCGACAAUGGUUGCGAAACGAUAUGAUCUUCAAACAGAGAACAUCAUUGUUUUAAUUCGAGAAGGCCUUCGCCUCAUGCGAGCAGGGACCAAGGAUGCUUGUGGCUAUAUCGAACUGUUUGGUUGUGAUGCUAUCUUCGACGAUGCAGAGAAAAAUAGAGAGGACACAACAGCUCUGAUUCAGCUCUUACAGAAAGAAUCAGGGAUACCUCUUGCAAGACUCUUCGUUCUCAUGCGACCACAAUGGAGUACAAACUGGGGCAAGAUCGGCGGGCAAAGUUUAGUCAUGGACACUUGAAAUAUCUCCACAUUUGCUGUUUUUGCUGGUACUUUCCUGGCACCAUCAUUGUCAGCCGAUAUGUUAAUGUUUCCUGAAGAUUACAAACAGAGUAUUUCUUCGUUUAGGAUAUUCCCAGGUAUUUGGUAAUUUGCUGUCCAGGGGGGUGUUUCACAAAGAUCCUAAGUUGAACUUAUCUCUAAGUUGGA